GUUAGCUCCAGAAGCCGUUACAAUCUGUGGUUUGUCUUCUAUUGUAAUCUGGGCAGCAGUAGAGAUCGCUGGACCGAAGAGUGACUAGGGUAGUUGAUCAAAAUGCCAAAUAUUAAAAUCUUCAGCGGCAGCUCCCACCCGGAUUUAUCCCAGAAAAUUGCUGACCGUCUGGGCCUGGAGUUAGGCAACGUAGUGACUAAAAAAUUCAGCAACCAGGAGACCUGCGUGGAAGUUGGGGAGAGUGUUCGAGGAGAGGAUGUCUACAUCGUGCAGAGUGGCUGUGGUGAAAUCAACGAUAAUCUAAUGGAGCUUCUAAUCAUGAUUAAUGCCUGCAAGAUCGCCUCAGCCAGCCGGGUUACAGCUGUCAUCCCAUGCUUCCCGUAUGCGCGGCAGGAUAAGAAAGAUAAAAGCCGAGCCCCAAUCUCUGCCAAGCUUGUUGCAAACAUGCUGACUAUAGCAGGGGCAGAUCAUAUUAUCACCAUGGACCUACAUGCUUCUCAAAUUCAGGGCUUUUUUGAUAUCCCAGUAGACAAUUUGUAUGCAGAGCCAGCUGUCCUGAAGUGGAUAAGGGAGAAUAUCUCUGGGUGGAAGGACUGCACUGUUGUUUCACCCGACGCUGGUGGAGCUAAGAGAGUGACUUCCAUCGCGGACCAAUUGAAUGUGGACUUUGCUUUAAUUCACAAAGAACGGAAGAAGGCCAAUGAAGUGGAUCGCAUGGUACUCGUGGGAGAUGUGAAGGAUCGUGUGGCCAUCUUGGUGGAUGACAUGGCUGACACUUGUGGCACAAUCUGCCAUGCAGCUGACAAACUUCUCUCAGCGGGAGCCACCAAAGUUUAUGCAAUCUUGACUCAUGGAAUCUUCUCUGGCCCUGCCAUUACUCACAUCAAUGGUGCAUGCUUUGAAGCAGUAGUAGUCACCAACACCAUACCUCAAGAGGCUAAGAUGAAGCUUUGCUCCAAAAUACAGGUGAUUGACAUUGCCAUGAUCCUUGCAGAAGCCAUAAGGAGAACUCACAAUGGGGAAUCAGUUUCCUACCUAUUCAGCCAUGUCCCUUUAUAAUAGAUUAUUUCAAGAUUAGUCUAUUGUAAAAUAAAGUAUGGUACAAUAAAGAUACACCCUGCCUGUUGUUUUCCCCUAUUUG